UUGGUAUUGAUAAUGAGCUCACAGUGAAUGUUUACCCGCUCUUGACAUUAUUUAUCUCUAUUCCGCGAACAUCAUGUGAGGAGAAACACGGUUCUGGGUGUUCCGGCAUCACGAGUCCCUGCUGCUCUCGGAGGCCUCCGAAAGAAACAAAGGCAGGUGGGGUGUGCGGGGCAGCACCCCGCAUCAACAUGAUCUUUGACGCUACUGAUGCUGUCUGAUAUUCUUGUCUCUGAACGAUAGCAGAUCUCGGUGGUGAUAUCGAGACGGCGAUGCCGAGUCGCUGUCUACAGUUUCCGGCAGAGCGUUCAUCUUCGUGCCUACUUCUAGCAGCACAGUCUCGUCUCUUCUAUCCUCCCCUCCUCUUCAAUUUUUUACCGUCUGCAUAGGCGUACCUAAUAUCCAUGACUCAAAGCUCUCCUGUCUCGAAACUCAACAUCGUCGUUGUAGGCGCUGGCCUCGGUGGCAUAGCUGCCGCCAUCUCUUGCGCGCUGGCGGGACACUCCGUCACGGUACUCGAGAGCGCCAAAGAGCUCGCUGAGAUCGGAGCAGGGCUGCAAAUAACACCAAAUGGAUCCCGACUUCUCAAGCAAUGGCAGCUCCCGCAAUCGCUAUGGGACGCCGCCGCCAUACCGACCGUGAUCACCGUCCAUCGCUAUAGCGGUCCAGUUUUAGCUCGCGAGGAAAAAUUCGACAAAAACAUUCUCGCAAAAUACGGCUCGCCGGUCGCAGACUUGCACCGCGUCGAUUUACAACGGGCACUCUACCAACGUGCAAUCGAGCUCGGCGUUACUUUCCAUCUCGGCGAGCGCGUGCUAUCUCUCGAGACUUCGAAACCACGGCCUGUUGUCUGUACUCAGUCUGGACACCAGUUUUCGGGUGACCUGGUCGUUGCCGCUGACGGACUGUGGUCUAAGUGUCGUGAAGAGUUUUUGCAUGCAAAGACAAGUCCUCUUCCCACCGGCGAUCUAGCUUACCGGAUCGUUCUUACCCUCGACGAUAUCAAGAGCGAGAAGCUUCGCGAAUGGGUCAAGAAUCCUGAAGUCCAUAUCUGGAUCGGGCCUGGUGCACAUGCUGUCGGAUACUCUCUACGCGCUGGCCAAAUGUACAACAUCGUGCUUCUGGUCCCAGAUACUCUGCCUCAGGGCGUCGCCAAAGACGAAGGAAACAUAGAGGAAAUGCAAGCGCUCUUCAACGACUGGGACCCCAUAUUGACGAGCUUUCUAAAGGAAGUAAAGUCCGUCGAGAAGUGGAAACUAAUGCAUCGCCAGGAAAUGGAUCACUGGGUCAGCGAGCAGUCAAAUCUAGUUUUCCUUGGUGACGCAUGCCACCCAAUGCUGCCAUAUCUUGCGCAGGGAGCCAACUCUGCACUCGAAGAUGGAGCAGUCCUAGGAGCUCUCUUGGGUGAAAUAAAGUCGAAGGCGCAGCUACCGUACGCCCUCGAGCGCUACGAGUCUCUUCGCAAGUCUAGAGGCGAGGCCAUUGUCCGCGAGACAUUCUUGCAGAGACGCGACUUUCAUCUACCAAACGGGCCUGAGCAAGAAAAGCGGGACCAGAUUUUCCUCUCGCAGCUCGGCAAGGAAAUCAAGGGCGCGUUUCCCAGCAGAUGGACCUGCCCCGAAGUGCAGCCGUGGAUAUAUGGCUAUGAUGCAACGAAAGAAGUAGAAGAAAGCUGUGCUAAUGAACCCUUUCCCCCCGCAUAGCCGUACGAUUGUCUCGCGAUGCUCUGUAUGCUUAUAGUAGUAUUUAUAGUGAGCUAAAUACAAAUAUGAAA